AUGUCGUCGCCUCAUAAAUUGUACGACGAGGAGUUGCCUAUCGAUAAGGAUCCUAAAGAUGAUCGAACUCAUAACAUAGUGGAGGUACCUUUCGCUAUAACCUCCGAUGGUCAACGAUUAACCGUAGGUGACACUUUGCCUGAGGUCAAAGCUGUAGCUCUGGAAACCGAUGAUCCAGAUGAACUCUGCGAGACUAUCAGGUCAUAUGUUCUAGGUACGAUCGUAGCAUCAGUCGGUACGGCUUUGAACGUUUGGUUUGGAGCUCGACAACCUGGAAUUUACAUAUCGCCUUUCCUUGCCCAGCUUCUAUCACACCCAAUUGGUGUAGCUCUGUCCAAGCUUCUUCCCAGGCGAAAAUUCACUACAUUUGGUCGAACAUGGUCACUCAAUCCCGGCCGAUGGUCUAUCAAAGAACAUUGUAUUGUUGUAUUGAUGGCCACGGUCUCCUUCCCUACUGCCACCGCUAUUGAUGUAAUCAUUGCCGUCCGACAAAAAGCCUUUUUCAACGACCCCGAGAUGGGUGAUAACAAAGGUUUCCAAUUUUUGGUCGUUCUCUCCACACAGUUCCUCGGUUUAGGCGUAGCUGGUCUUGCUCGAGACUACCUCGUAUACCCUUCGGCGAUGACAUGGCCCCUUAACUUAGCUAAGCUCUCCCUAUUCAACGCGCUUCAUCAAAGGAAAGUCGACGAAUAUGGUGUUGUUACUCUUCCCGAUCCAAAUGCCGAAAAAGAGGCCGAUCCACCUGUCAACGGAUGGAAAGUAUCAAUGUUCAGAUUCUGCCUCUAUGCUACCGCUGGUUCAUUCGUUUGGCUCUUCUUCACCGCUUUCAUCUUCCCUGCUCUUACCUACUUUAAUUGGCCAACAUGGAUCAACCCUACCAACAAGAAACUUGCCAUUAUCAUGGGUUCCGUCACAGGUCUAGGUCUCAAUCCCCUUCCCACCCUUGAUUGGACUUAUAUCAGUGGUGCGGGUUUGACUCCAUUGAUCACUCCUUGGUGGGCGACUCUCUCUACUCUUGUCGGUGCAUCUAUCGGUUAUAUUAUCAUUGCGGGGGUAUAUUUCUCCAAUACCUGGUACAGCGCAUACCUCGUGCCCAACUCCAAUCAAGCCUUUGACCGGUUCGGUGCAUACUAUAACGUCACAAAAGUGCUCAGCGCAGAUAGGACACUCGAUGUCGAAGCUUAUCGAGCAUACUCUCCCCUUUAUUUCGGUGCUGGCUACAAUAUCGUUAUCACAGCUUAUUUCGCUUCUUAUUCGGCCAUUCUUGCUUACGCUCUACUUGAACACUGGAACCCACUCAAGAAAGGUUUCGCCACAGGUGUUAAGCGAUUCAAGUCAUUGAUCAAGCGUACUCCACAUGAAGAUAAUCUCAACCAACCAGAUUACGACAUUCACUACGCCUUGAUGACCAAGUACAAGGAAGUCCCCCAAUGGUGGUUCUUGAUCAUCUUGGUAAUUUCCCUGGUUAUGGGUAUCAUAAUGUGUCAAGUCUACGAUACCACAAUGCCAGUUUGGGGCAUAUUCUGUUGUCUCGCUCUGUGCCUAGUCUUCGUCGUUCCCACCGGUAUUCUUCAAGCUAUAUCAAACAUGCAAAUGUCCUUGGUCAUUCUCGCCGAGAUCAUUCCGGGUGUCGCUAUUCCUGGUCGACCAUACGCCAAUAUGAUUUUCAAGCUUUACGGCUGGGUUUCGCUCAGUAUGGCAUUGCUCUACAUCUUGGAUCAAAAACUUGCCCAUUACAUGCACAUUCCUCCUCGAGCUACAUUCCGAGCACAAAUUUGGGGUUGUUUGAUCAGUUCUUUGAUUUCUCUUGCUGUAAUGAAUUGGCAAUUCCAAGCGAUCCCUGAUCUCUGUAUGCCUGGACAAAAAGAUCUCAUGACUUGCCCAUACUACACCACAUUCUACUCUUCGGCGCUUCUAUUCGGUGUCGUUGGUCCUGAAAGGAUGUACGGUAGUCUUGGAUUGUACAAGAACACUUUGUGGGGUUUCUUCGCGGGUGCCGCUCUCGUAGUCAUCGCAUGGGCAGUGAAGAAGAGAUGGCCGAACAAGAUUACAAGGAACACAAACGUUCCCGUUAUCAUCUUCGGUGCCAUGUACUUUGCUCCAUACAAUUGGUCAUUUAUUUGGGCAGGUGUACCUUUCGCUUGGUUCUUUAUGUCAUACGUGUACAAGCGAUUCCCAGCUUGGUGGAACAAGUACUGUUAUGUCUUAUCGAUUGGUCUUACCGUCGGUGCUGCUAUCAGUGGUGUCAUUCAAUUCUUCUGUAUCACAUAUCCAGGUGGCGCAAUGCCAGCUUGGUGGGGUAACACUGUUCAAUUCGCCGGGUGCGAUGGUCUAGGUUGUCCUCUGAAGGAUAUGCCAGAAGUGGGAUACUUUGGUCCUGGCCCCGGAGAAUACCUUUAA